AGGAUGAAAUGUCACCUCUUGUUUACCACUUUUGAUGUAAUGAAACCUUAAACCGGUUGCAUUGCAGUUACAGUCAAACAAGAAAAGAAAAGGUUUGCUUCUGGUGACAGUUACUUAUUUAGAGAGUGGUAGAAAAGUCAUUGUGGCAGUUCCUAUUUAUCUGUCUAUUCCCCUUCAUUCAAACCUCGUCCCACUUCAGAUUUCUCUCUCUCUCUCUGUCUCUCAAAGAAUGUCCACCUGAUCUUCAUUUCAAAGAAUGUCUAAGUGAGUCCUGUUAACAAGUCAAGUCCAGUAAUCAAGAGCACAAGUUUUAGAGCAUCAUGGAAUCUGAAAAUGAAGUUGCUGUGGAGGAAGAGAAACGUGUUAUUGGGGUAACAACUGAGGAGAACAUAGGUAAAGAAGCUGUAAGCGAUCAUAGUGAUAAUGCAGAACUUCAGACCAAGAAUGAAGUUUCUAAACCCACAGUGGAGGCUGAAAGUGAAUCUCCCAUUUCUUCUGGUGACACUGUUGCAGUUGAAGCCUCUAAAACUUCUUCUGCAAGUAAAAAUUCAAAGCCUGCUAAGGAACCUGGUGGCAGAGCAAUUGCUGCUUCUAAGAGCAACAAAACUGCCAAAGAUAAGCCAAUUUUGAAGGGUUCAAGGUCAGUAUCUGAAAAACAAAGGCCAACCCUUUCUCAGAGCUUUUCUUUCCCAGCCAAAUUGGCCUGUGAAGACGCUAUGCAUAAAAGCACUGAUGGGCAUCUUGUGAAACGUUCUGGAGGUUCUAACAAGAAGACUUCUUUGACAUCCAUGCCUGGUUUGCAACGUUCUGCGUUUGGAAGGUCUACUCAAGUUAUUGCACUCACCAAGAGCCAUAAAUCUGAGGCAUUGUUACCUGUUGAUCAGUUUUCAAACCCAGCAAAAACUGCAACACCAAAUAAAGAGGAUGAUGAUUCUCAUUCCACAACUUCAAGUGCUAAUCAGAGGAACAGUGGCUGUGGAUUUUCCUUCAGAUUGGAAGAAAGAGCUGAAAAGAGGAAGGAGUUUUUCUCAAAGUUGGAGGAAAAAGUUCUAGCCAAGGAAGCAGAGAAAACAAACCAACAAGAGAAAUCAAAGGAAAACCAAGAGGCAGAGAUCAAGAAAUUGAGGAAGAGCUUGGCAUUCAAAGCUGCUCCAAUGCCAAGUUUCUAUAAGGAACCACCUCCUAAGGUUGAGCUUAAGAAGAUACCAACAACCCGUGCAAGAUCCCCAAAACUUGGAAGGCAUAAAGCAUCUGCUAUGAACAACAACAAUUCAGAACAAGAUAAGUAUCACGCCAAUGAUUCAACUAAGGGAAAGAAAAAGGGUCAUAGUGAUGUGAUUUCAAAGAAACCAAUCAAGAAAACCCAGGUCAAGUUGAAAUCUCAGGAAAAUGCUACCACAGAAAGCAAUGGAGAAUGCCAACAUCCACAUGCUAACAAUUCUGAAUGCAAAAAUGACAUUGAGCUGCCAUCCGAGACAGAUAAUCCUCAACAUAGUGCACUGCUUUUAAAUUCAACUACACCUGAGCUAGUAGAUAUGUAAGAUUAGGAUUUUAUUUUAUUGCUAUGUGUUAUUGUGAAUAUAGAGGUUGCUUCUUGUUCAUCAUGAACGUGUAUUGCAAAUAAUACUUGUUUUUUAAGUCUUUCCCUUUA